CAAAACUUUCAUGACUGACCUUUCUGUCUUGAAUUCUAAUAAUCUCUAAUUCAAUCUUUGCACUUGUUCUUGUUCUCUCUCUCUCUCUCUCUCUCUCUCUCUAUAUAUAUAUAUAUAUAUAUAUAUACACACGAGCAGUGGAGUUUUUUCUUUCUUUAAAGUAGCAUGCAACACUCUUUAUUAGCUUAGUAAUGUCCUACUUAAAUUUGAGUUCCUUAGGAACAGUAGGACUCUACCACCACGCUCCCUUAUUUAUUAGGCUCACCUGUUCUCACAACCUUCACCGAAACCAACAAGAUUCAGUCUUAAACAACCAGCUUGUUUUAGUUAGCGCAUGCACGUACGUCGAGGAGAUCAGGGAAUUAAAACAGCAAGAAUUAUUCAUGGGAAAGUCUGUUAACGUUGGUGGAGGUUUUCUUGUGGUUUUGCUGUGUUUUUUAGGUUGUUUACAGGUGGGCUUAGCACAAAGCAGUGCGAAUGCGAAACGUAUAGCUAUUAGUUGGGAUGAUAUGAAGAUGAAUAAGCGUGGUGCAAGAGUGAGUUCUAAAUAUGAUUUUAAUGGAAGCCGAGUAAUUGUAGUUGACAAGAAUGGCGGAGCAGAUUCGUUAACAGUUCAAGGUGCAAUCGACCUGGUGCCUCAAUAUAACACUCAAAGAGUUAAAAUUUACAUUCUUCCAGGGAUUUACAGGGAGAAGGUACUGGUGCCUAGAACCAAGCCGUAUAUCUCAAUGAUCGGAGACCAAAAUCGUGUUUGUGACACUAUUAUUUCUUGGAACAACAAGGCUUCAGAUGCAGAUAGCAAUGGCACUGCUCUUGGAACAUAUAGAUCAGCAUCAGUCACCAUAGAAUCUGAUUAUUUCUGCGCAACCGGUAUCACCUUUGAGAAUACAGUAGUAGCAGAGCCCGGAGGACAGGGAAUGCAAGCAGUAGCAAUGAGAGUUUCUAGUAAAAAAGCAUUUUUCUAUAAAGUUAGAGUCUUGGGUGCUCAAGACACUCUCUUAGAUGAGACUGGAACGCAUUACUUCUACAAGUGUCACAUCCAAGGAAGUAUUGACUUCAUAUUCGGCAGAGCAAAAUCACUGUUUCAGGAUUGUGUCCUUCAAUCAACGGCUAAAAAAUCUGGAGCAAUUGCAGCUCACCACAGGGAUUCACCUAAUGAGGACACGGGUUUCUCUUUCGUAGGCUGCGUGAUCAAUGGAACUGGCAAAAUUCUGCUAGGAAGAGCUUGGGGAAACUAUUCAAGGACGAUAUAUUCAUACUGUUAUCUCAACGAUAUUAUAGAUCCUUCAGGAUGGAGUGACUGGAACUAUCCAUACAGGCAAAAGACUGUGGUUUUUGGAGAAUACGAGUGCAGUGGAGGAGGAACAAACGCAGGAGGUCGAGUGCCAUGGUUAAAGCCGCUCAAGUACGAGGAUGCAAGACCUUACUUGGACAUAGGAUUCAUAGGUGGAGAACAAUGGCUUAAACUAUAGUUACGCCUACCAAUUCAUUAUUCUUUACCAAUUUUAUUCUUUAAAAAUAUAUUUAUGCAAAUGGCUAUAAUCAA